AUGCCUGCACCUGUUCUUGCUUCUCCUCUCUUUCCAGAAAGUGGUCGGAACGAUCAUCAUCAUCAUCAUGAGGAGGAUGGUCCAAUAAUAACGAACAAUUUAGAGAAAUUGAAUGCACCAAAUGAUGAUGUUACGACCCUCAGUGGAACAUCUCAAACAGUUUCUAGUUCAGUGAACAAAAAUUCAUGGAAUUAUUACAAAAUUUCAUUUCCAAGCAGAACUGUCAUGACUCUGUCAUUUACUACUUUUGAUAGUAUUACAGUCUAUGUCAAAGAAGGAUCAAUUCCAAGCAGUUUCGAUUAUGAUUAUAUUUUACUAACUCAAUACUCUGUGAAAACAAUCGUUUCAACAAGUUUGAAUCAAACUACAACCUUUUACAUUGGUGUUGCUUCUGACUCUUCCUUCUACUCUUAUUCAUCUUAUACUUUAUCCAUUAGUUUGAAUCAAGGAAUUCCCAAUUGGGUCAUUGGUGUUAUCAUUGGAUCUGUAAUUUUUGGAUUAUGUGUUGUGUUGAUCAUCAUUUUGGUACCAAUUUUGAUUUGUUGUGGCGUGUGUGCAGCUGUCACCUCUUCUGGUUCAUCUUCACAACCAAAAAGUGGUAACACAACAGUCACUACCUACCAUGUCAAGACUCCUAUUUUAACACAUGUCUUCACACCACCACAAUAUCACACAACCACACACGUAGUGACACCACCACCACCACAAAAUGAUCCUGUCGUUUAUUACCACAAUAAUGCAAACUUUUAUCCAACCUCACAACAACCUUCACAACCUUACAAUAUUAUUGAACAUUCUCAUCAACAUGACAUUAUUUAUAACCCCAACAUGCCUUCACAAGCAGUGAAUUAUCAUAAAAUUUGA